AUGAAACAGAUAAAUGGCAGCCUAGAUAUCCACUUCUGGAAACCAAGAAGACUGCCAGUUCACUCAAUGAAUCUUAAGAAGGCAUCAAUCAUAGUUCUGUUCUCAGCGUUACAUGUCAAAGCACUAGAUAGCCCCAGUCAGCAUCUCCGCAAUCCUGUCAAUCCAAAACUUGUUGUCAUUGUUGCUCUGUCUAAUGACCCAGAUGAUCAAGAGCAAGAGCCUGAAGGUGUUCUUCGAUCAGUAUCCGGGUUGCAAAAAAGUAUAAUUGAUUCUCUCCCAUUUUUCACUUUCUCAUCACUUAAGGGCUCAAAAGAAGGCCUAGAAUGUGCAGUUUGUUUAUCAAAGUGUGAAGACAUCGAAGUGCUUCGCUUGUUGCCAGGGUGCAAGCAUGCAUUCCACAUAAAUUGUAUUGAUAAGUGGCUUGAAAGCCACUCUAGCUGCCCUCUUUGCAGAGGAACCAAUAUUGAACUUUUCAUCCAAAGAGAGCAAGAACAUCACAAGUCAUCCAGAUUUAAUAUGGUCAGAAGUCUUCAGAAACUCAGUGUAGGCAGGAAAGAAGAUCAGUCAAUCCCCAGAGACUUAUUGUGCUUAAGGUCUGAAAUGCUGAAUCUGAACUCAAGUAAAAUAUUCUCCCCAUUCAAGCCUGAACGCCAGACGUUUGGCGAAGAAUUUCUCAUGAAUCAAAGUAUUUUCGAGAUCAAAGAAGACAGAGAAAGAAAACCAUUGUAUGUAUCAAAAGUCAGCAAAGUUAUAGGACAUCCAGUUACAGCAUCAAGCCCACCAAUUGCUGCCAACAUUGGCCUAAACCAGAAGGUAAACUUGACGCUACUCGAUUCAGCUGAGAAGAGAUCAAAGUCAGAAAUAAUCAACUUUCCACGAUAUGCAGAGUACAGUGCCAGAAACCGGACUAAUGAAUCAUCAGUCUUGUCCAGGAGUGGGAGAAGGAACGAGAUAAUUAGAAAGCUCUGGCUGUCUAUAGCAACAAGGACAGUUCAAUGGUUUGCAGGCAGAGACAGAGGUCUAGAUUGGAAAAGAUCUCCAUUGAAUGUCUGA